AUGCAUGACGUAGGCCUGUGCUUCUACAUCUUCCUUCGCUUGGGUAAAGGAACCCGUGGUGACCGAAGAGCUAAUUGGAUUGGAACCCACUACCACCGCUACCACCGCUACCCAGUUAUAAUCUUCUUUCGGUUGAGCCAUGGGUCAUGGAUCCUACAUAGAUCCAAGAAAAUAUGCCUCUUGAACCCCAUCCCUUACUUUGAGGCUCGGAAGUUCAAAUUGAAUAUUCAAUAUCCUACAUAUGCUCGAGAAGCAAGGGCGGGCCGGGGAGGGGGAGGUGAAGGCGAGUGGGCCGUUUAUUCGGCUCGGUACGGCUACAACAGGCCAAUAAAAGCGCGAACUCGAUUAUGUGAGAUGAUAGAUGAUAGGCCAAUAUACCUGAGGAGACAAACAAACACAACAAACAAUCUUCAAAAGAAGUUGCGGGGAGCGUCAGCACUUGAAAUGACAGACAAAAUUAUCUCAAUUCUUGCCACUUGA